AUGUUAUCCAGCAUCAAAUCCACCGCACAAGACUCGCUUGACCCACCGCUCGGUUUUAAUGAUGUCCACUUGACCUGGCUGGACUCCCUGUACAACACGCCUUACAUGCACGAGGAGAGAUUCCAUCUUGCGUGCUACCUAGCAGGUCUUAAAUCCAUGAAAUACGCGAGGAAUAUUGUAUCACAGGCCGCACUUGAACUUGACGGCGUUAACCUUUACCUGGACGAGUUUAACCCUGCUGCCCUAACCACUAUCUUAGCUGUCAGCUAUAAUGCAGCAAGCCUUGGAGUCACACUAUAUACUACAGACAAAUAUGGCUUCCCGGAGGCUAUGAAAACCGCGAAAAGGCCAGAGUAUGGCCCGGAGCGUGCACAAGAUACUGACUAG